GAAUCUCCGGCCCAAGAGCAGCCAAACUCAACGAUGCCCGGGGCCCAGAUCCGAUGGACUCUCUUCUUCCUCACCUUCAUGUCGCUGGCCGGGCCCUCCUUGGCCUUCUUUGGCUGGUUUACCCGUAAGGCAUCACCGAGUCGCGGUUCCUCUGAACCCACUGCUCCUGCUGAUCCCAAGUCUCUCCCCAGCGCACCUUUUGAAAUGACCACGGCGGAUGAAAAGUUCUUGGCAGAAGCAAAGCACCUAGAGCUCUCCCCCCUGGACAGCUGCCACUUCAAGGUUGUGAGCCAGUUACAGGCCUCGUGCACUGACAUGUCUGAAGAGGAGAUAGCAAAACUGGGGGUUUCCCUGUUCAACUGCCAGGCCGAGGUGGAGGGGCGCCCCACUUUCCCCUGCACGGAAGACAUGACCUUGGCGGAAUGUACCAAACCCAUGGAUCCGGACACCUGGAACGCCUAUCACAUCGUUAGCAACAGGGCCCGGUCGGUCUGCUAUGCUACACGGCAGCUCCACUUCCGCCGGCGCACUGAACUUACUGUCAACACUCUGGUGUCUACCGCGAUGAGCCAACUGGAAGCCAUGAAACUGCUGAAGGACGGACAAGAGGAGCUGAAGGAGCUGACGUCCGAGUCCCUGCAGAAGGUGGUGAGCAGUCAGAAUGAACUCUUGGGCCAACAGGAGCUUCUGCAGAACAAUCAGGAGAAGAUGGAGAAUUCCAUCAAUGGCAACUUGGAGAUGUUGGCGGAGGAGAAAGCUCUGAUUGCCAGCGGGCACCACCUGGUCGCUCAGCUCAUUGAAGGCAUCACAAAGAAGAUGGAGAACGUGAGCAGCCAACUGGUGGAACAGGACACGGAGCUGCAGGAGGGGCACCGAGCCAUCCUGGCCGACCUGACGGAGGUGCGCAGCCGAUCCCAAGCGGUCUAUAACAAAAUCGAGUCGGACCUGGCCCUAUUCCUGUCCUAUCAGAACCAGACGUCCCAGUACUACGAUGUCCUGAUGGAGAAGCUGCACAGAAUGAACCAGAGCCUGGGCACGGUGCUGUACGCCAUGGAGCAUAUGCACAGGAGUGUGGAGCAGAGACUGGGGUACAUCCAGGGAUUCAUUGGUUGGGCAGGCAUGAACCUGAGCGCCAUAUACACGUGUGUUCUGCACGGCGCCUAUUUCCUCGUGCUGGCGCUGCUCAUGACCUUCCUGCAGACCCGCGGCUUCUCCAGGGCCGUCCUGCUCCUCCUCGUGCUGCUCAAUGCUCUCUCCGAGCUCAACCACCGCCUCUCCCUGGGCUUCCGCUCCCUCACUGUCCUGCUGGUGUGUGUGGUGAUAGCAAACUGGAUGUUGGUGAAUUUCAUUCGGGGCCUGGUGAAGUUCCGAAGUCGGAGGAAACACAAAGCUCUCCCCCCUCCUCACAUCGGGGCAGUGAGCGAAUCCUGCAAAGCCGGGGGCAAGGGCUACUGCUCCUCUACCCCAGAGAGGGCUUGUGAUUUGACGCUGCUGAAGGAGGAGCUUAGGGAGCUGGAGGAGAAGGAUUUGCACGACUCCUCCCUUCUGGAGAACGAAUCUUUGCUGAAAGACGAUUCCAUCGUGGCUUCUUCUGCUCCCAUGAACUGGAAGGCGCAGCAGAGUCUCAUGAAGACCCCCAACCACUCCUCCCCGGCCAUGAAACUACGGAGGCUCAGUGUGUCCAGAUCCGUCAGAGGGAGUGAGACUCCGGCAAAGCAGCAGGGGGCGCUGGACAAAGUCCCCCAAAGGCACCUUGGCGCGGUGUUUGAUGCCUUGUCCUCGUCCAAGAGUUACAGCCCCAACAGUUCCAUGUGCAGCAAUGCGUCUGUCUCUUCCAUGUCCCCUCGUCAGUUCUGCCAGGCCACCACAAAGGCUGGUCAGCCCUGCCGCAAUAAGGCCAGUGGGGGCCACGAGUUCUGCCGUGUCCACGCCAAUGGGCAAGCGUCCUACAUUGCCUUGUGACUGUCCUGUUUUGAUUGGAUCAUUCCAUGCUACAAGAUUCAAUGGAGGCGCCAAACCAUCUCCAUUACAGAUGUUGCAUUUAAAGGGGAACAUAACCAAUCUAGAACCUAGAUUAAUUCUAGUGUAAUUCUGUAUAUUUUUGUGGCUCUCAUUGUGGGUAAAUGACUGUCGCCCUUUGGACGCUUAUUGGAACUUCCCGGAUGGAAAUGGCAUCUCGUAGCAAAGAUGGCGGCUUGUAUGGAUACAACUUGGCACUUGUGUAGAAGCCCCUCCCCCAAUGCCCCGCCUACAGGUUUUUAUAUUCGACUUUGGAAACGGACGUAUUUCCUGAACAUUAACGGGACUGAGGGAUUAUGGAACCGGUCCCUUCACUGUUUGUGCCCAGUAUUUGUUUUAACGUUAUUUCCUGCAAUCUGUCGCUUUUGUCUGUCAUUACAUAAUGUCUAUUUAUAAUAAAUUUUUUAAAAUAAGUG